CUCUGAUCAUAGAGUGACGGAGCUUGGAAUAUAAUGGCGCACGUGCCCACGAUACAGGCUAAUGUAAACACCCACAAAAAGAACCGGUCGAAAACCAUAGAUACGAACUUCCAAUCUUCAAUCACCUACACUAAUUCUUUCAAAAUCAACUAGCGUUCAAUUUUAAUUACUUAUACGCACGGAACACAUUUUAUGUUCACUGAAUGGAACGAGACGCAUACAUAACUGCGUGUGAGUACAAUUCUUGUUACCAUAGGGACCUAAGUUCUAUGUAAUAGCAAAACAGUAUAGAGCAAGUCUUCAUUUUACACUCCAAUUGUAGAAAAAAAAUUUGAUAAGGUAAAAAUGGAAUUGUCUACGCAAAGAUACACAAUGAUAUUAAUUUUACAAGUGAUGCUGUUGGUAGUAGAUCUUAUAUUCAAUACAUUCAUCUAUCGGUUUCUUGGUAACACCGGAAUAUCCAUUUUACUUUUUGUGUUACAAGACAUAAGCCAGUUAAUCGCUUUUGCUGUACUUCUCAUCACUUUUUUUCAAACAAAUAUAUUUCAAGCUGGGUUCAUAGUAUUACUAUUCAAUGAGUUCCGUUCAACAGUUAUUACUGGUGUGGGUUAUUUUAUAUUUACUUUAUUUGUACAAGCAUGGACAUUAACAAACCGAAUUAAAGGCCAAGUUUACUUUUUUUGGCCAGAUGGAUUAUACAUAUUUUUCGUGUUACAUAAAUUUACAUCUUGUUUACACUAUUAUUUGUAUAAGAGGACUGCAUUAAGUAUAUCAGAUCCAAAAUUUUAUACGGAUGAAUGGAUAAACAAUCGGAUAAAUCAACACUCGGAACAAACAACUCCAAAAUUCUAAUUUCACAUUGUUUUGGUACAAAAUUUAAAUACAAACAUAAAUAAACUGUUAGUAAAAAAAAAACAAUUUUUUUGGUAACAAGAAAAUAGAAUUUUAUGGUGUACAUAUUAGACGAUUUUGGUGUAAAAGUUAUACUGUGAUAAUAUACAUAAAACUGAGUAACAUAAUCUCAA